CCCCCUCCCUGCCACGCAGCCUCAGAGCAGGCCCUCGCGGGCUUCAGCGCUGGGCUGAGCGGGGCUGAGUCCUUGGGGCAGGAGCGGGUGAGGCUCCCACCGCCCACAGGCGCUCGCGUCAGAGAGAAGGGCCGCAAAGCCGCGCCUUUUAACGCUGGGUGGUGUCUCUUGGAGGCAGCAGACGCCAUGGAUGUAGAUGCCGAAAGAGAAAAGAUAGCGAAGGAGAUCAAGGAGCUGGAGAGGAUUUUGGACCCCGGCUCCUCGAGGAUCGACGUGGAGGUCUCGGAGUCAAGUCUCGGUUCAGACUCUGACGCAGACUCGUCGUGCAAUGAGGACUCAGAUGCUGUCGGCCUCUCAAUCUCGGAAGAAGAGCGGUGGGGUGAAGCCAGCAACGACGAGGACGACCUCAAAGAGAAGGCGCUCCCCGAAGACCCAGAGACGUGCUUACAGCUGAACAUGGUCUACCAGGAGGUCAUCCAGGAGAAGCUGGCCGAGCUCAGUCUGCUGCUGGCCCAGAACCGGGAGCAGCAGGAGGAGCUGGCCUGGGACCUGGCUGGAUCCAAGGGCCCCAGGGUGAAGGACGGCAGGAGCCUGCCCCCAAACAUGUACAUCGGGCACUUCAUGAAGCCUUACUUCAAGGACAGGGUCACCGGCGUGGGACCUCCUGCCAAUGACGACACUCGGGAGAAGGCGGCCCAGGGCAUCAAGGCCUUCGAGGAGCUCUUGGUGACCAAAUGGAAGAGCUGGGAGAAGGCUUUGCUGAGGAAGUCUGUGGUGAGUGGCCGCCUGCAGCGCCUGCUUCAGCCCAAGCUACUGAAGCUCGAGUACCUGCACCAGAAACAGAGCCGCGUCAGCAGCGAGGCGGAGAGACAGGUCCUGGAAAAGCAGGCCAAGGAGGCCGAGCGUGAGGUCCAAGAGAUCAACCAGCUCCCUGAGGAGGCCUUGCUGGGGGACAGGCUGGACAGCCACGACUGGGAGAAGAUCGCCAACGUGAAUUUUGAAGGGGGCCGGGGUGCAGAGGAGAUCCGGAAGUUCUGGCAGAACUGCGAGCACCCCAGCAUCAACAAGCAGGAGUGGGGCGGGCAGGAAGUGGAGCAGCUGAAGGCCCUCGCAGCCAGGCACGGGCACUUGGACUGGCAGAAGAUCGCCGAGGAGCUGGGAACCCGUCGCAGCGCCUUUCAGUGCCUGCAGAAGUACCAGCAGCACAACCCGGCGCUGAAGCGCAAGGAGUGGACGGAGGCCGAGGACCGCAUGCUCAGCCAGCUGGUGCAGGAGAUGCGUGUGGGCAGCCACAUCCCCUACCGCCGCAUUGUCUACUACAUGGAGGGCCGGGACUCCAUGCAGCUCAUCUACCGCUGGACCAAGAGCCUGGACCCCAGCCUAAAGAAGGGGUCCUGGGCACCCGAGGAAGAUGCGAAAUUGCUUCAAGCAGUUGCCAAAUACGGGGAGCAGGAUUGGUUUAAGAUCCGGGAGAAGGUGCCAGGUAGGAGCGAUGCCCAGUGCCGAGAUCGGUAUCUCAGGAGGCUGCACUUCAGCCUGAAGAAGGGGCGCUGGACUCCCAAAGAGGAGGAGAAGCUGCUUGAGUUGAUCGAGAAACACGGUGUGGGUCACUGGGCAAAAAUAGCUGCGGAACUGCCCCAUCGGACGGGCUCCCAGUGCCUCAGCAAGUGGAAGAUCAUGGUCAGGGUGAGCACGGAGGCCUGUCGGCGCAGGCGGCGGCGGCGGCGGCGGCGGCGGCCCCUGCGCAGCGUGCGCUGGAGCUCCAGCAGCGGGGGCUCCAGCAGCGGGGCCUCCAGCAGCAGCAGCAGCAGCAGCAGCAGCAGCAGCGGGGACAGCGAGAACUCAGAAGCAGAGGAAGCACCAGAGGCCCAGGAGGACGGCCAGGCCCUGCCUCCAGCCCAGCGCUCUGUGCCAGACAUGGACCUCUGGGUCCCCACCAGGCCGAGCGCCCACCAUCUGUGGCGAGGAGGGGCAGGGGCCUGGCCAGGACGGCCUGCUGCCCACCCUAUCCCUGCCCCUGGCUCCAGGGCGACCCAGGGUGGCCUCGGGGAAACUGGCAUCACAGGCCUGGCUCCCGGGGAGGAGGCAUGCCGGGCACACACUCUCUCGGGGACCCCCAGUGCCAGCCCGAGAGCAGGCGCGUCUCCACGCUUGGCAGACACUCAGCCUCAGGGCUCAGAGGAGACCGUGGAUGAGAGUGGGAGGCGGCCACUGAGAGUGCCCCUGGCGACCGUGCUGCAGGUGCUCAGGGCCAACACGACCGCCUGGUGCCGGCCGCUGAAGCAGCGGCUGAGGCGGCCCCGCCUGCCUGGCCUCCCCCCAGGAACCAACCCCGGUGGUGGCAGCAGCACUGCCAGGCCAUGUAGGCAGCAGCCACGCCGGGGACGCGCCCUGCAGAACAGGCUCCUGGACCGCCAGCUACUGAUGGCCGUGAGCCCCUGGGUGGGCGACAUCAUCCUGCCCUGCCCUCCCCAGAGGCUCCUCAGGGUGCACACUCGAGCCGACCGUGUCCGGGAGCAGCUGCAGGACGCCCGCCUGGCCAGCACCCCGGUGUUCGCCCUCUUCAUCCAGCUCCUCCAGAUCGACACGGCGGGCUGCAUGGAGGUCGUGCGCGAGAGGAGGGAGCCGUUGCCGCCUCAGCGGGCGCCAUCGAGUGCCCAGAAGACCCCAGGUGGCCUCGUCCCCGACGCGCCAGCCCGGGAGGCCGGCAAGAAGAGCACCAGCCACGGAGGCGGGACCCCGCAGGCCUGCAGGGCAGCCUCCGCCACACAGACGCCCCCGCCGGCCCCAGGGGGCCCCCGGCCCAAGCCCAAGACGGUGUCUGAGCUGCUUCGCGAGAAGCGCCUGCGGGAGGCCCGUGCGAGGAAGGCCGCCCUGGGCCCCGCCGUGCUCCCGCCACCUCUGCUGGUCCCGCCUGUGCUGCUCCGGCCCUCCGGCCCCGGGGCUCCUGCGGCCGCAGCCAGGGGAGCGGGACCCUCUGUCCUGCCUGCCUUCAACCUGGCCACGGCCUCAGUGAGGGCCCCAGUUCCCACAUCUGAGCUCCCCCACCCUGCUGUCUCCAGGGCACCAGCUCUGGACCCCGGGCGCGCCCCAGAGAGCAGCCCACCCGGCGGUCUCGGGCAGUCUCAGGCCCCCGCCACCUGCCAGAAGCAAGGCCCGCCCGAGCUGCCUGCCCAGCCGCCCAGCCUGCCUCCGGCUCUGAGCACACCCAAGGGCGUGCCUCAUGCGGUGACCAGCACCUCGUUGUCCAUCACGUGGGUGCUGACGGCACAGGGGCUGCUCCCCGUGCCAGCCAUGCUGGGCCUUCCCGGGCCAGCAGCGCCCUCUGACCCCAAAGCGCUGGUGGUGGCCCUGCCCCCAGGCGUGACCAGGACGCACGCAGGCCAGGGCCCCCAGCUCCUUGGGCAGAGCCACCCUGGACAGCUCCCGGUGACUAAGGACACAGCGUCAUGUGCCUCCGCCCUGCCAGCCCCUUCGUCAUCCCAGAAUUCUGCAGGAGGGGACAGUGACAUGGCCUGUGCCCCAGGGGAGGCUGGGGAGUCAGCGGCAGCCGGGACAUCCUCCCAGGCCGUCUUCCUGCCUGAGCGCCCUCAAACGCAGCCUCCCUGCCCCGGCCAGCGGCCUCCAAGCAGCACCUCCUGUCCGGGGAGUGGCCCCAGAGAGACACCAGGGGCCCCAGCAGCAGCAGAGGUGCCCAGAGGACCUCUGGGCCUGGAGAGGCCGCCCGCACCACAGCCCGGACCUGAGAAGGGCACCCUGGACCUGAGCCUCCUCUCCCGGGAAAGCGAGGCGUCCGUGCAGGACUGGCUGAGGGCACAGCAAGGGGUGUGUGUGCCCCCACUGGGCAGCAGACUGCCCUACCUGCCCCCUGCCCUGUGCAGCCUGCGGGCCCUGGCCGGCCUCCUGCUGCAGAAGAAGGCCCUGGAGGGCCGGGCCGUCUCCCUUGGGCCUGCUGGGGCGCUGCCAGCGGCGCUGGGGCAGGUGCGGGGGCAGUUCCAGGACAGCCCGGCCUACCUGCAGCUGAGGGCCCGCUUCCUGGCCGCCUUCACCCUGCCCGCGCUCCUGGCCACCCUGCCCCCGCCCGGCGUGCCCACCACCCUGUUGGCUGCCCCCAGGGCCGCCUCCGACAGCGACAGCGAGAGUGAGGACCAUGGCCUGGAGGGCUCUGCCGGCCCCGCCCCUGUGCAGGGGGUCCCUGAUGCUGGUGGGGGCGCCGCCCCCUCCUCCCCGGACGGUGCUGACCACCUGGAUGUCCUUCGGACGCGGCGCGCCCGGAAGCGGAGGAGGCUGGUGUGACUGCAGGGUGUGUUGGGGGCCACGCAACCCGUGCCCCAGAGGAGGGGCUGUCCCCCUGCUCUGCAGGGCACGCACAGCCAGGCCACUUGUCUGGGGCCAGCUGCCGGCCACCUCCAGGCCUGGCCAGCCCUCGGCUCGCCCAGGUGGCACCCCCAGGGCUGCUGAUCGGCAUGGCCACCCUGGGCGCUCCUGUCAGGGGUAACGGCCCAGGCAUAGGUCCUCGGGCCCUCCUGGGGGAGAACUGUCCAGACCAAAUGCCCCCUGGCUCUCCGCGCCUGCCCCGCAGGUCCCACCCCUUAGCCUCAGACGCUUCUCCGGUGGGCCCCGGGGCCCUUGUGCUGCCCCGCGCCUGGUCCUUGUCUCCUGCGCCUGCAAAGCUUGCCCGCCCUCCUUUCCGGUCUGCCCUCGAGACACCCCUAUCUCUGUCUUGAGCGCCCCGUGGGCCCAGGGUCCACCUGCCUGCCUUAGCGCGCCCCGCCCUCCCCGGCAUCCCCCCGGAUUGCCGCAGCCCCGUGUCUUGAGUCAGAUGUGCCUGGCCUUUGCGCGCAGGCCCGGCCGGAAGUGGCUCGGCACGGAUCAGCCGCCAGCCCGAACCUGGCCAGCAGGUCCCUGUGAACCCCAGCUUGGGCUCCUGGUCCUGGGGUGGGGGGGGGCAUCGCUCUUCACGGCCUGGCUCGCCACCUGCCCCCUGUGGCCCAACCCCUGCCCUGGGUGUCCCGUUCUAGGGCCACCCACGCCGGGACGCCCACUGCUGCUGCCGACAGGCUGGACGCCAGGACCCCCGCGGCUCAGGGAGCAGGCGGGGAGGCCCAGCUGGCGGUGACCGCGUUGUCGUGGGCUCGGCUGGUCCCCGAGCACCGCCCGGGCUGUGAAGGAAUAAAGAAAAUGUUCUAUUUUUAAUUAAAAAG